AUGCCCAGUCCCCUCAGACCAGAGCCUGAGGACACUAUGGUGCUUAUAUGGCUCUGGCCCUUCAACACAGCCUUCGAACUAGAUGCUUGUCAAUCACUCUAUAAUAUCAAUGGGUGUUACCUGACCAGUGACAGACAGCUUUACAGCAAAGCAGACGCGGUCCUCAUCCAUCACAGAGACAUCUUUUGGGAUUUGUCCAAUUUGCCCCAAUUGCCUCGCCCUCCUCGCCAGAAAUGGAUUUGGUUGAAUUCAGAAUCUCCGUCAAAUUCACCUCUAAUCCCUGGCCUCGAGAAUCUAUUUAAUCUCUCUGUGACAUAUCGUAAGGACUCGGACAUCAGCGUGCCCUACGGGUCAAUAAUCGCAACCGAUCAAACGUUAGAGGAAUUUGUGCCACCUGUGAAGAAAAGACUGGUGUGUUGGAUUGUUAGUAACUGGAAUCCAGUGCACAGAAGGGUGCAAUUGUACGAGGAUCUGCAGCAACACAUCAGGAUUAACACUUUUGGCGAUCACUUUAAUAGACAUGUCUCCAAACAAGGCUACAAGAACAUAGUUUCCAGCUGUAAAUUUUAUCUUUCCUUUGAAAACUCUGAGUACAAGGAUUAUAUCACUGAGAAACUGUAUAAUGUGCUUCAGUUAGGUACGGUUCCAGUGGUUUCUGGUCCAUCUCGCCAGAACUAUGAGAAUUUCGUCCCCAAAGAUGCUUUCAUCCAUGUAAACGAUUUCAAGUCCAUGAAAGACCUUGCUAAUUAUCUCCUGUUUCUCGAUCUGAACGAUGACAUGUAUCGAAAAUACUUCUCGUGGCGGAGAAACUUUGAAGCGAAACUCUCUUACUUUCCAGUAGAACAUGCGUGUUACGCGUGUGAUUAUGUCAGACGUAAUAAGCAGUAUCAAACACUGACAAAUCUUUACGAGUGGUACUGGGGCAAAAGCUAA